AUGGCAGACUGGAGCCUUUUGGGAAACUUUCUGGAGGAAGUCCAGGAGCACUCUACCUCUGUUGGCAAAGUGUGGCUGACCAUCCUGUUUAUCUUCCGCAUCCUGGUGCUCGGGACGGCGGCUGAGUCCUCGUGGGGAGACGAACAGGAAGACUUCAACUGUGACACCGAGCAGCCCGGCUGCGAGAACGUCUGUUACGACCGAGCAUUUCCUAUAGCACACAUACGAUACUGGGUGUUGCAGAUUGUGUUUGUGUCCACUCCGAGUCUGAUCUAUAUGGGCCACGCCAUGCACACCGUUCGCAGAGAGGAGAGGAGAAGGAGCAGAGAGGAAGAUGAUGGAGAUGGGGGAGGGAAAGAGGAAGACCCCGGAGGAGGUGAAGAAGGAAGAGAUAAACCAGGGAGGAAUGAAGAUAAAGAUGAAGAAAGUGAGAGAGGUCCGUCAGCCGGGCGAGUUCGGCUCAGAGGAGCUCUGCUGAAGACGUACAUACUGAGUAUACUGAUUCGCACCAUUAUGGAGGUGGUGUUUCUGUGUCUCCAGUACUUCCUGUAUGGAAUCUUCCUCAAUUCUCUGUAUGUCUGCAGGGCCUGGCCGUGCCCACAUCCUGUCAACUGUUACGUCUCCAGACCGACAGAGAAAAACGUCUUCAUCGUGUUCAUGUUGGCCGUGUCAGGCGUCUCGCUGGUGCUCAGCGUGCUCGAACUGCACCACCUGGCCUGGAGGCACUGCUGCAGGCAUCUCAUCAUCUGUAAAAAGGAUGCAGCUCCUGCCAAUGCCUCCGUGGUCCGGCAGCUCUCUCUGACUGCACCUCGGCCAUCAACCCCACCUCCAGAUUUCAACCAGUGCGUGACUGGCUCCUCACACUUCCUACCACUCCCUUUCCCAAACCACCGGCUGGCCAGCCAGCAGAACUCGGAGAACAUGGUAACAGAGAAGAACAAAAUAGCCGCAGCAGUGGAAGAGGCUAACUUCCUCCAGAUGAACUGCUACUCGUCCACAUGGCAGAACUCUGAAGACGGUGGAAUCGAAGACGGGACCUACCUGAUGUCUGACUCUAACUGCUACAGCCCAGAAAGCAGAGACAUGAAUUGCCUUCAGACCCUAAAAGCUGGUCCAGAUGGGCUGCUGCUGAAGGACAAGCGAAGAUUCAGUAAAACCAGCGGGACGAGCAGUCGAACGCGAGCGGACGAUCUGUCUGUUUAG